AUGUCGAGCCAGCAGCUGUGUGCGGCCUGUUCCCGAGCAACUAAACCCCUCUUGGAGGCGGCCGGGGCGGGGCAUCCCAGCUGUAUCGUGCAGUGUCUCAAAGUCCGCGGUCGAUUCGACCUGUCGAUCCGCGACGACUUCGGAGCGACGGCCGUCCAUCUAGCGGCUCGCAAAGGGCGCCUCGAAGCGCUGCGCUACCUCGUCGAAUAUGGCGAGGCCGUCGAACCGCUACGAGCAAACAACGGAGCGUCGCCAGCUCACGACGCGGCCGCGACAGGCAAUCUCGGGUGCUUGCACUAUCUGGUCGCUCACACCGCGUCUUCUGCUCACGACCGGGAUAAUAACAGAGCGACGCCAAUUCACUGGGCGGCACAAAUGGGUCAUUUGACUGUCGUUCAAUGGCUGGUGGAGGAAGCCGGUGCUCCUCUCGAUGUGAAGACGAAAUCGGGAGUCACUCCGAUUCAUUUUGCUGCUGCUAAGAAUCAGCUCGAAGUUUUGAAAUAUUUGACGUCGCUCCACGUACCCAAUAUGAGAGAGUUAGUCAACGCCCGUGCUGGGAAUGGCGCUACCCCCGUCUAUUUUGCUGCCCAAGACGGUCAUCUUCGUUGUGUCGCCUGGCUGGUGGAGAGAGCGCGCUGCGACUGUAAGAUACGAGCGAACGACGGUAUGACGUGUUUGCACGCGGCCGCUCAAGAAGGUCAUUUGGAUUGUGUGCGCUACUUGGUGACGAACGGUUGCUUGAGCGUCCGGACCGAGUCCGCCGACGGUGCGACUGCGGCUCACUUCGCUGCUGCUCAAGGUCACUUACACAUUCUGCAGUGGCUCGUAGAGUCGGGUGGCGCAUCGGGAUGCGAGACGGACAACUAUGGCGGUACGCCGGCGCACGACGCAGCAGAACAAGGCCAGCUCCGGGUCUUAGAGCUUCUUUAUCAGCAAGAGAUCGACAUAAACGUAAAGGACAACGAAGGCACUACCCCAGAAGUUCUCGCUGAAAGGAACGGACACAGGGAUUGCUGUGAAUUUCUAAUAGAAGCGACGCAGAAGCAGGAAGAAAGAAAGAGACUACAGCUACCAGAGAGUAUUCAGCCAAGACGAGACCGCAACCGGAGAGGAAGCACUAAGAGCAUUCGGCUGCAAGACUGGGUGGAAGAGACGAAACAAGAAGAAGAAUGGAGGCAGCUAGAGCGCACGGGAAGUAAUCGAGCCAGGUCGCCAGUCAGUCCUGAACCUCAUUUCUUAAAUGCAGAUGCAAAGAAACAAUGGGAGGAACUUCAACGGCUGAUUGCUGAAGAAGAGCGUCAAGCACGACAGAUGGGAAGCUCAAAUCAGCGGCGUUGGGCAGAGCAAGAACAACUUCGUAUCGCGGACGCCGCCAGAGAAAGGCAGAAGCGGCGAGAGUUGGAAGCAUCCUUGCGAACUGCUCGAAUCGAAGUUGAAAGAUCGGAGAAGAGGCUGCUGGAAGAACAGGAAUUUCUGAUGCAGCAAGGUGAACUUUUUCCUACCCAAGAGCCCAUGUCUGCUGCCGAACUGGAAAAGUUGAAGAAAGAUGAAGAAAAACGGAGGCAAUAUCGUGAGAUGCGCGAAGCAGAGGAGGAAGAAGCAAGCAAAAAACAUCGAGCGGAAGAAAGAAGGAAACGUGAAGCAUUGGAGAAGCAGAGGGCUGAGGAAGAGAGGCAGCGUAUACUAACGGAGAGGCAGAAUCAAUGGCUACAUGAUAUGCAAAAGCAAAACGAGCAGCAGAGACGAACACAAGAACAAACACAGGAACAAGGAAGACGAAAAAUGGAGGAGCAAGAAAAAAGGAAACAAGAGGAAGAAAAGGCGAGAGAAAGAAGAAAACAGGAAGAAGUCGAACGCAAGAAAAACAAGAAAGAAGAAGAACAGAGACGCAAACGCCAGAAAAAGGAGGAGAAGGAACGAGAGAAAUCUCAGAAAGAACGAGAGAAGCACAUGAAAAAACUAGAAAAAGAGCGGCGUCAAAAUUGGGAAGUAACUUCAGUCAACAGUGACUCGGCGUAUCGAAGCCACGACCAAACACCGGAACCUCAUCGCAUAGGAUUGUCAAGAGCGAACACCGUUUCAGCGACCGAGCAGCUUCGAGUUAAAGGGCUCGUUAGUCUCAGGACGAAAGAAUUUGAAAGAAGGAAUUCAGAAAACAUACGUCACACAGAACGACAGGGUCGUGGCGUAUUCAAGUGGAUUUUGCGCUCUAACACAACAAAACCGCAAAGACGCAACGUCACCCGCACUAGAGAAUCAAACGCAUCAGUACCGGUACCGCCACCGGUACCCAAAGAGCUUGGCUCGGCCACCCCGUCACCGUCAUUGACACCGACGGUUUCAACAGAAAAGCUUUCAAGUCAAAAACCGUCAUCUCGCAGUUCGUCGAGGAGGUCGUCGCUUGUCGAGUUGCUGUUUCCGUCCAAAGAGUCGAAAGAGAAGAAGAAGGGCUCGGACCCGUCGACACCACACAGUCAAAGCUGCAGCGAUACCGAAACGGCGUCUCCAGCGCAUUCUCAGUCUCACAGCAGGAAUCCAUCUUUGUCGGACGUGCAAGCGGGACUUCAAGCACCCGUGGAACGAAAGCUACCCGAAUUUAUCGUGUCGUCGACCAAUAACAAAAAGAAAUCUCUAAAAGAGGCUCUGGCGUCUCAUUCCCAGAUGGAGAAGUCAAAGGGUAACACAUCAAAGGGUAACACAUCCCAGUCGACCGCAAAGUCACAGCCUACUCGACAAACAGCAGAUCUAGAGAAACAACAACCACACAGCAACGCGUCUUCUCAACGAAAGCCACCACCGUCUUUACGCGAUGCACUCGCUUCAUCUCGAGCUCCUAUGGAGAAACUCUCUCCUAAAUCAUCUCUCAAUACGCUCGAUCUUUUGUCAGUAAAAGACAGUUCUCCUGCCGCCAUGAUGGCAGCGCUAGAAAGAGCACUGGCGGCGUCACCGUCUCAACCGCGCGCGGCGUUUCAGACUUCGGCUGACACGACGUUGCCUGCCGCUGCUGACUCGGACAACAGAGAUCUGAUGCUCGAAUUGGCCACGUCAGCGAAAUCGGGACAAGCGAGACACUUCGAAGACAACGAACUGGAAGACAUCCUCUCGUCUAUACAAAACCAAACACAAAUACUCGUACCCCUCGUAGUCGGUUCGCUCGACAUGACCACUACAGAAUUGGAUAGUGUAUACCACAGCGUUCCUACAGCACCGCCGAUACCAGACUUGAGCGGCAACGGAUCGCACAGACACUCGACCCUAGAGACGAUAAACGAAGACGACGAGCCGGAAGAGGUACAAGACGAACAACUAAACGAGACCAAGCUUAAGAAAUACGCUGACCUUCUACACUCGUUUGAAAUCAACAGAAAAAGAGCGCUACAGUCUCGAGCACUCAAAGCGUGGUGCAACUUUCGAAACAGAAAUCUCUCGAGACGAGCGCGACAGCAGCGAGCCGACGCCGUCAACAGUCGGCGACUAUUGCAACGAACGUUCACGGCCUGGUGCAAGCACUUCGGCACGGUGGACGAAACAAUGGGAAAACAAGAAUCUCAUCGAUCGAAUGUUGUGCGCACCCUCAAUGAAAAGAUGUUUCUCGCAUGGCUCAACUCACGUCUUGCUCACAUUAAUCAAAAAGUUGACAAUCUGGAAGGCGCCAUUGCAUCAGGGGUCCCCAUCCUUAUGGCACUGCAUGUUGCCUCAAAGGUUGCCAUACCCAAGCACGUUGCAAAGCCACGUUAUCGAGUGCAAUUCCAAGAUAACUGGGCAACAGUAAUCAACUUCAUGCGCCAGCUACGCAUACCCACCACUAACCUCAACUCGGAAGAUCUAUAUCGUCAGCAACAGAAUGCUAUCCACAAAAUGCUGGCGAACAUAGUAUCGUGGUCACAGAACUCUAGAUGAUUUAGCAAAGACAAACAAAUGUAAACUACCCUAUUUGAUGAUGGACCAAGUGAUUUGGCAACGACUUCUAUCUAUGAAGAAUGCUCGCAAUAUGAGUAGAGAUACUAAGUUAAGCUUCGAGUAGACUUUAGUGCUACAUUUAUAUGACAAGUCUCAUGUCUUACGCAACUGAGAUGCUGACGCUAGAAAUUGCUCGCUCAUCUAGCAUAGAGACAUUGGAGUUACCGUUUGGUAGUGAGUAAUCAUUACUGUACAGUAUGAGUACUUGCCUCUUGA